AACGGCCAUUGUUUAGAAAACUAACGAAGCUGAUGGUUAAACUGAUAACCCGCUUAUAAUCAUAAAAGCAAAGUAUUUUGGAAGAAAAGGAACGACAAUAUAAGGUUUAAGAAGGCGUUUAACAAACAACCUGGUGACAACUUCUAGUGUUGGAGAGAAGGAAAGUUCAAAUUGCACAACUAUAUUUGUAGGAGUGGAAAAAACCUGGAGAUAUUGUUUUAAGAACUUAUCAUAUUUUGGAAGCCAAUGCAAAAAGAAAUCAACGGUGAUAUAUCCUAAGUUUUUUCUUGAAUUGUCAGAACGAAGAGAAUAGAAAUAAGUGAAAGAAAGCCGGUUUAUCGAAACUAGAAAGUGACAUUAAAAGGCAGACGACAUUUUUUCCAGUGGGACACGUCUGGUUUGUCGAUUUUCAACUAAAAGUGAAGUUAAUCUUACAACUCUGAAACAGUCAUGAAUCUUAAAGGAAUGGAAACAUCAAUGCAAUUUAGUCUGAUUCUCAUAUCGCUGCCAGCUUUGUCUCUCGUGUUCUUCGCCACUCCGAGAACUGGAGCAUCAGAGCUUACAAAAGUCAUUUUCGGCGAACUCACCGCAUCAAAAUGUUUACUUUCUCGGAUUAAAACGAUAGAAAACACGUCGUCUGCUGAAGACUGUACUCUUCGGUGUAUUUGUUACGAUCCAUGCGAAUAUGUUAGCUAUUGCAAUGGCUCUUGUUAUAUGCAUCGAUCGCUUUACGACAAAGAAAUUAAAGAUUACGACUGCAACUGUUCAUCGUAUAUUUUGCUCUCUGGAAACGGUACAGGUACAAGCUGGCAGAAAGUAUUUGAGAUGACCAAAUACUCAUUUAAAAGAAGUCCUAUAUAUUUAUACUGGGACAAACUGCCUAUUGAAAAGGUUAAAUUUCAUCUGAUUAAAAAGGACCAUGAACGUGCAUUCAUUUUCAACGGAACAGGGACAAAUUCUACAUCAUGGUUCCAGAAAGACAAAGUCCUUAUAAAUCCACAGACGGAAUGGGUUCUACGGACCCUCACAUUCAAUGAGAAUUUCAGUCACCCGUAUUUUUAUAUCGAGACAACUGUACUGUUCAGGUUAGAAGCCAAAAGAGAAAGUGGAAGUGAUGAAACGUACGAUAUUUCUUUGAAAGGAGGAUCCACUGUUUUUGACACCUUCGAAGCCCUGGUCAUCUCGGUCCUUUUCUAUUAGAAUAUACACUUACAUCCACGCAUACAUAUAUACGUAGGUACAUACAUACAUACAUACAUACAUACAUACAUACAUAUAUACAUACAUACAUAC